GAUCCUUCCGUACACUGAACACGUGACAGCUAGGUCAGAGGUCAGGAUGGGUCGCUCCUCCAAAGACAAGCGGGACAUUUAUUACCGUCUGGCUAAAGAGGAAGGCUGGAGAGCGAGGAGCGCCUUCAAGCUGCUGCAGCUCGACCACGAGUUCAACCUGUUGGCAGGUGUGAACAGAGCGGUGGAUCUGUGUGCAGCGCCUGGCAGCUGGAGUCAAGUCCUCAGCAGGAAACUCAGAGGUGCGGAGGAGAGGAGCGAGGGAGGCGAGGGAGGCGAGGAGGUGAAGAUCGUGGCGGUGGACCUGCAGGCCAUGGCUCCUCUGCCGGGAGUCACUCAGAUCCAGGGAGACAUCACCAAGGUGUCGACGGCUCAGGAGAUCAUCCGACACUUUGAGGGUCAGCCGGCCGACCUGGUGGUGUGUGACGGCGCUCCAGACGUAACCGGGCUCCAUGACGUGGACGAGUACAUCCAGGCUCAGCUCCUAUUGGCUGCGCUGAACAUCACGACGCACCUGCUGAAACCUGGAGGGACGUUUGUGGCCAAAAUCUUCAGAGGGAAAGACGUCACGCUGCUCUACUCUCAGCUCAAGAUCUUCUUCGGUGGUGUGACCUGCGCCAAGCCUCGCAGCAGCAGGAACUCCAGCAUCGAGGCGUUCGUGGUGUGUCAGAACUACCGUCCUCCUGAAGGUUACGUCCCCAACAUGUCCAACCCGCUGCUGGACCAUUGCUACGAUGUGGACUUUAACCAGUUAGAGGGUCUGAACCGCGUCAUCGUUCCUUUCCUGGCGUGUGGCGACCUCAGCGCCUUCGACUCAGACCGGACCUACCCGCUACAGCUGGAUGGCGGUCAGCAGUACCAGUACACCCCCCCCACCCAGCCUCCCAUCCGCCCCCCCUACCAGGAGGCCUGCCACCUCCGCAGGAACAACCUGCUGUCCAGAGAGGACGCCGCGCCCUCCCGCCCCUCCCACAGCGGAGAUGACGCCGCGCCCUCCCGCCCCUCCCACAGCGGAGAGGAGCCGGAGUCCAGCUGCUCCACACAGGGAGAAUUAAAGGGACAGUCCGCCAGCUCGGUCUGA